ACUUCUAAUGACACGCAGACAUAGUGAGCAUUAUAGAGUAAAUAACAUUGCGCAAUAAUAUCCCAGCGAGGUGAUUGCGGUCUGUUGCCUCCAGGGACCUAUUAUAGAAGGUUGCCUCUCUCCGCUUAUCCGCGGCCAUAUUUGACACGUUUCCGUGAAUGGAAAGUGGGCGGAGAGUAAAUCACAAACAAACUCCCUCUUUUAUUUAUCUAUAUAUUGUGCGGUGCGUUAUUCUUCGAGUUAUUAUUAUUCAAUACUUAGCCUAAUAGAACCGCCUACAGAUGGAGGAGCUAUAGUAGCCUAGUUAACGCAAAUAAGUUCGCUCUGCAGAAAUACUCGGUGUUUACUAUUUGUACAUAGUUUGUUUAAUAUUUCAGAAAUGCAAAGAAUACAAUCUUUCAAAUUGGGUUGGCAACUUCUUAAUUCAGAAGCAAAGCAUAUAAGCAUUUCACCAUCAUCUCUUCGAAAGUACAGUCAUGGUCCUGGUUCCUUUGGUCUCCUCUUUGACAUUGAUGGGGUGCUAGUGAGGGGCAGAACCCCCAUACCUGGAGCCAAGCAGUGCUUCAGGAACCUAGUGGACCGCAAAGGGAGGUACAAGGUGCCAGUGGUGUUUGUCACCAAUGCCGGCAACUGUAUGAGGCAAACUAAAGCCGAGCAACUGUCUCAUCUUCUGGAAGUAGAGGUCUCAGCAGAGCAGGUCAUGCUGUCCCACAGUCCUUUGCGAAUGUUCACACAGUUCCACAACAUGUGUGUGCUUGUGUCCGGACAGGGUCCCAUAAAAGAAGUGGCGGAGAAUUUGGGGUUUCAAAAUAUCAUCACUAUAGAUAUGCUGAGAGACGCAUGUCCACUUUUGGAUGUUGUGGACCACAAUAGAAGGCCCAAAGGCUAUGUUCCAAAAGACAAAAGUCUACCUCAAAUAGAUGCGGUCAUCCUGUUUGGUGAGCCAAUCAGAUGGGAGACCAACAUCCAGCUCAUCAUCGAUGUCCUUCUGACCAAUGGGAAGCCGGGAAAUGCCCUGGGUCCUCUGCAGUACCCUCACAUCCCAGUCCUAGCCUGCAACAUGGACCUCCUGUGGAUGGCCGAGGCCAAAAACCCCAGGUUUGGCCACGGUAUGUUCCUGGUAUGCCUGGAAAGCGCAUACAAGAAGAUAACGGGGUAUGACCUGCAGUACGAGGCUCUGAUUGGUAAGCCCAGCGUGGUGACGUACAACUACGCUGAGCUGCUGGUCAGAACGCAGGCAGAGAGUCUGGGCUGGACGGGGCCAGUGGAGACACUCUAUGCUAUUGGCGACAACCCAAUGGCAGACAUAUACGGUGCCAACCUGUACAACCGAUACCUCCAAGCCUGUCAAAGAGCCCGGACACGGCUUCAGGCCCAAGGCCCCGGGAAGGACGGCAGCGGCGAACCGAAGGAAGCGGCGACGUCCGAGGAACCCCCCGCGAUGACCUCCAAGGAGCUGGGAGGCGUGUCCGGGAUGUACGGGAUAGAGGAGCGCCUCCCGGAGAGUUGCCGCUCCGUACUGGUGUGCACGGGCGUGUACAGCCGGGACCAGCAGGAGCUGCCCCCGGACCCGGACUGCACGGUCACGGAGCAGCGCGUGUUCCACGGCCACAGGGACUUCCGCUUCGACCCCAGCCUCACGCAGCCGUCUUUUCUGGUGCAGGACGUGAGGGAGGCGGUGGAGCUGGUGUUUCAGCAGGAGGGCCGCCCUCUAGAGUGAUAUCCGGGCGCAGAAUCUCUCUAUGUCCGGGAGCCAGCCAGGCCGGUCAACCCUCCCUUUUACUGCCAACCUGACCUGUGCCCCCUGGCUGCCGCCCCGAGGCCUUGGGUCUUGCUGUUCUUUUAGAUGUUUUAUGUAGCACUCAUGUUCUGGUGUAUGAGCUUCCUCAGGAUGGGAAGCCUGGAGCUGUUGAGUCGAGUUUAAAGAAGGUGCAAUAGCAACAAUGGCCUGCAAAUCGUCAAUAUAGGUCAAUAUAGCUUACCGGUACAUGCAUUUUCUAUUUUGAGAGUCUAAAUGUCUACUAUGGCAAUAAACUUUUCCAUUGUUACUUGGA